AUGUUAAGUGAAGCACAACGUUCAACACGGUCACCGACAGAAUCAGUUCAGACAGAUUCUGUACGUACGGGCCCAACGACCGGUGUGAAAGGGCGAUUAUCUCCUCAAUCAUCUAUCACCGAAGAAGAUUCUAGUAGAAUUCCACCACCGCCACCUCCUCCGCCUCCUCCGCCAGUUAUUUCUCGUGCACCAGUCAAAUCAUCCUCAACAUCAGCAUCAACAUCAUCGUCGUCGUCUUCAUCAAAAUCGGCGAGUACUGUACGGACUAAAUCGAGUGAACAGUCCAGACCAACCGUUCGUGGAGUAGGCACGACAAAACCUAUUAGCGCAGUAACUAUUAACAAAUCGACAUUACGACGCAUGAGUUCCGAUGAGAAAAGUAAACCUAAUCGGCAAGUGUCCGGUAUAAGUACAAAGCCAUCACAAUCGAAGCACAAAUCAACAGGAAUAUUCACUCGUAUUAGUGCACGUGAUUUCAUCAAUGAUAAAUCAAAUGGGACACUCGUAUCAUAUCUCAAAGGUGGAAAAAACAAUCAAAGCGUUUUCGAAAAAGUCGAUACACAUGAUGGACAUACGACUUAUUUGGGUAGUGGAAACUAUUGUGACCUAGAAGAUUGUAUACGCGAUUGUUUAUCGAAAAACCAAUGUCACACGGAUCAGAAAUAUUACAGCUCAAGUCAUGAUUAUUCAUAUAAACCUUCAACACGUGCUUCGGUACUCGAAGACUACAGCUACGACGGAAUAAUAGAACCCAAGCAUCGCUCGUCAUACACGAGUUAUAGUCAUCUUCAUGAUCGUGAUUAUUGCAGUCCUCUUACAGAUUAUCUUUGUGAUAGCAGAAAACAUGCAGGAGAACUUUCACUUGACGAAAUUCGUAAAGUCAACGAUCAUCUGGCUAAAUACGGUAUACCAGUUUUUUCUCAUCAUGACAAUCCACAUCAUUCGCAUCAUUCCCAUCACAAACCACAUUCUGUAAAUGAAAUCGUAUCUGCAUGUCGACUUCUUCUCAACGAACCGAGACUUGCUGGAUUACAUUCAGAUGGAUCACAGGCUGUACAUCACGCCUGGGAUGCAAUACAUAAUCAUCCUAUGCCACAAAAUGAUCAGGGCUAUGCCUCACCAGCAGUUCGUGGUGUCGCAUCGCAUUUAUUCCCUUCUGGUCAACCACCGUAUGAUCCUCUACGCAGUGUUUCAUCUCACAUGUUUGGUCCACCUCAAGCACCACCAUAUAACCCUCCACCUCCAAAUAAUCCACCACAUUUUUUUGCACCUGCACAACCACUACCGCCAUACAAUCCUGGUCCAAGUGUUCCAACGUAUCCUUAUGGAUCACCACCACCACCACCACCGCAACCACAGCAGCAGCAGAGCUCAGGCCAAAGUGUUCUAUCGCGUUUAUUUGGAUCUCAUUGA